AUGGUAGACUGCCCCAUGGAGAUAGCACUGGAAGGGUCUCUAGGGACAGAAGCUGGGGCUGAAACUGUGGCUGAAACUGUUAAACCCCCAACCCCAUGCACCUAUGCACAGGCAGCAGGGAGUGGAGGGGUUAAUAAUGCUACAAUUGCCCUGAAAGAGUUACCUAACAUCAAGCUGCUGUCUUUAUUGGAAGAAAUCAAAGAUAAGCAUAAUGAAACUGAUUGUAAUUUGGCAAAUUUGCAGACUGAACUCAAAAACCUCAGGAGUCAGUCCAGCAAAAUGUCAAAUAGUAAAAGAGGUCCAGUUAGAUUGUUAAUUGCUGAAAAGAAAACCUUGGAGCAGCAAUUCAGCUUCAAGCUGCUGCACCUGGAAUCACAAAUUGCACAGAUCCAGACUCUCAUGCAGCAGCGGCUGAAACACACUGCUAGAGUAAAGAGACAGGAGUCUCUUGGAGGUAGGAGGGAUAUUCCUGAAGGUGAGGGGUCUGGAAUGGAGUCUGGAGGUGACCAGACCACCUCACCUGAGGGGAGACCCCCUCCUCCUCCAAACACGCUGGAGGUCCAUGCUCAAAAGGGUAUUACUACAACAGAAGAGAAAUGGGGUAAUGAAGAGAGAGGAGAGUGGAGAUUGAAGGUCGCGGAAACAAAGCAACAACAGCCUAUUAAAGAGGCACUUCUUGCCUUUGAUGCGGAUGACCUGGAGGGAGCUGUUGACAGCAGUGUAAAGAGGAAGAAGAAGAAAUCCAAAAAGAAUCCUGCUACCCACAAACCUGAACCUGGUAUCCCUAGGGAGUCUGGAGGAUCGGUGGGGAAGGGUGAGUACUCAUCAGAUUUCACAUAUUCUGAUGAGGAUUUUCCAUCUCUGCGGGCCCCUGGGGUCUGCCCACCCUGUCCCUGCCGAUCCCUCUGGGCCCCCCACCGCCCUCCAUGGUGA